AUGGAUGCGCUACAUAGGCGCUUGGCACAGAGCGAUGAUGAGGAUAUGCCCGAGGAUGUGGCUGUGCCGGUGGAGGGCAGCUUCAUGGAAGACUUCUUUAAAGAGGUGGAGGAGAUACGGAUGAUGAUUGACAAAAUUCAGGCAAAUGUCGAAGAAGUGAAGAAGAAACACAGUGCCAUCCUGUCGGCUCCACAGUCAGAUGAGAAAACCAAACAGGAACUUGAGGACCUCAUGGCCGACAUUAAAAAAACUGCCAACAGAGUGAGAGGGAAGCUUAAGGGAAUCGAACAAAACAUUGAGCAGGAAGAGCAGCAGAGCAAGUCGAAUGCUGAUCUAAGGAUACGAAAAACGCAACAUUCGGCGCUGUCGCGAAAGUUCGUCGAGGUCAUGACGGAGUAUAACCGGACCCAGACCGAUUAUCGAGAGCGUUGCAAAGGAAGAAUACAACGACAACUGGAAAUUACGGGUAGAGCAACAACAAACGAAGAACUUGAGGAAAUGUUGGAGCAGGGAAAUUCGGCCGUCUUCACGCAGGGGAUCAUCAUGGAGACCCAGCAAGCCAAGCAAACUCUGGCCGAUAUCGAAGCUCGACAUGCAGAUAUUAUAAAAUUGGAAAAUUCAAUUAGGGAACUGCAUGAUAUGUUCAUGGAUAUGGCUAUGUUGGUUGAAAGUCAGGGUGAAAUGAUUGAUCGUAUAGAAUAUCACGUCGAACAUGCAAUGGAUUAUGUUCAAACAGCGACACAAGACACAAAGAAAGCGCUUAAAUAUCAAAGCAAAGCCCGCCGGAAGAAGAUUAUGAUCCUGAUCUGUUUAACCGUGCUUGGGCUGAUUGUGGCAUCGUACGUUAGUAGCUACUUCAUGUAA